AUGGUAAUCAAUCUGGAAAUUGAUGGAAUACACCGGAUGGUUAAUUCUCUGGUUGUAAAAGAAAAACCAUUUGGGUUUGAUUUGAUUUUUAGAAUGAAUGCAAUUAAAAAAUUUGGAGGAGUUAUCAUUUAUGGUAAUAAAAACUGUAACGUCCGAAUGUUAGCAUGUGACAAAGCGAAAUGUGGUGCCGUUACUACGACGAGAAAAAACGAAAACGAAAUAAACGAAUUAAAAAUUGAUGUUAUUAAUACGACAAGAAAAAGCGAAAACGAAGUACAAAAAAUAAAAUGUGAUGUCAAAAAUACAACAAGAAAUGAAGAGAACGAAAGAAACGAAAUAAAACAUCAGGACUUUACAGCAACGUUCGACGGAAAAAAAUGGACGGCAUCAUGGAACUGGAAUAAAGAGCCUGUAAUUGAUAAUACCAUUUGUGAAUACAAGAUGAACCAAGAGCACGAACGUAGUUACCGUAAAGAAAUACGUGAAUGGAUUGACUCUGGUAUUCUUGUACCAUAUAACGAACUAAUAUUGGGACCACCAAAAGUAUUGAUACCGCUUAUGUGCGUAGUGCAAGAAAACAAGGACAAAAAGGUAAGUCCAGUGGGAGAUUUCCGAGCUCUAAACGAAUUUGUAAAUUGUCAUACGGCAAAUGCGGACGUUUGUCAUGAAAAACUGCGUUGCUGGAGAAAAAUAAAAAAUGCAAAAAUUCUUGAUCUUAAAAAAGCCUACCUCCAAAUUCAUAUUGAUAAAAAACUUUGGCCAUAUCAAACGGUGAUUAUAAAUGGGCAACGGUAUUGUUUUACCAGGAUGUGUUUUGGCAUCAAUGUGGCUCAAACAAUAAUGACCACAAUUCUUCGGCAUGUGCUCAAUUUAAAUCCAACCGUAAAGAAAGCAUGUGAUAACUACAUUGAUGAUAUAUUUGUGGAUGAAAGUGUGGAAACUGCGAAAAAUGUAGCGAAGCAUCUGCUUAAAUUCGGAUUACAAUGUAAACCUCCACAAGAUCUUGAACAAGGACGUGUCUUAGGAUUGAGAGUCGAAAGAAAUAAAAAUGGGGAACUGAUAUGGAAACGAGACAAUGUGGUACAAUUCGAAUCUUUAAAUGCAGUCACACGAUCACAGCUUUUCAGCCAGUUAGGCAAACUUAUUGGACAUUACCCAGUGGCAGGAAGUUUGAGUUUACAAGCUUCAUACAUCAAACGUUUAACUGGAAAUAUACCUUGGUGUGAUUUUAUUUCUGAAGAUUGUAAAGAAAAACUGAAAGAGUUGCUUUACCGUGUGGAAAAAGAGGAUCCGGUUGGUGGAAAAUGGCUGGUACCAGUUAAUGGAAAAGCUGAGCUUUAUUGUGAUGCAUCAUCUAUAGGACUUGGGGUAGUUCUGCUCAUUGGUGGAGUAGUUGUUGAAGACGCAGCAUGGCUACGGCUAGCGAGUGACACACACCAUAUCAAUAUAAGUGAACUGGAUUCUAUACUUCGAGGACUAAACUUAGCUAGUAAGUGGGGCAUAAAAGAGUUAACAGUAUACAGUGAUAGCAAGAGCACCGUAGGAUGGUUAAACGCAGUUUUGACGGAAGAAUAUCGCGUAAAAACUCGGGGAAUUUCUCAAUUGUUAGUACAAAGACGAUUGAAUACUAUUAAGGAAGGGGCAAAAGAUAUUCAGAUCGCAGUACAAUGGAUUCCAUCUGAGAUAAAUUUGGCUGAUCGACUCUCACGAAUCCCUCAAAAAUGGUGCAGAACAGUGUGUGCAGCUGGAUUACUUGAACAAAAAAACAUAUGGAAAAUUCAUUCAAUUGAUCAUUUUGGUGUUGCUUGA